AUGAAGCCAUGCAUUCUUGCAGUCAAGGAGGAGAGCAAUGAUGAUCUAAAUGUAAGUGACAUCAGGAAGCGCUAUAGAAACGAAGGGAGUCCCAGCCCCCGGCUGUCCCCCAAGCGCAGGCGGGAGCAUUCUCCAGACAGUGACACCUACCACAGUGGGGAUGACAAAAAUGAAAAGCAUAGACUCUUGAGCCAGGUUGUACGACCACAGGAAUCUCGUUCUCUCAGCCCAUCACACCUCACAGAUGACAGGCAAUGUAGAUGGAAAGAGGAGGAUCGUAAAUCAGAAAGAAAAGAGAGUUCAAGGCGCUAUGAAGAGCAAGAACUCAAAGAGAAGGUUUCUUCCGGCGAUAGGCAGAGGGAGCAGGCGGAAAGCAUGGAUAGCUCAAGAGUGCGUGCACAAGACCUACUUAGCCACCGCCAAGCUGAAGAUCGCGACCGCGAUGGGUCUGAGCGAGCCCAUGAUGAAAAGAAAAAAGCUAAAGCUCUAAAGAAACCUGUUAAGAAAAAGAAAGAGGACGAUGUUGGAAUAGAGAGGGGCAACCUUGAAACGUCUGAAGAUGGGCAAGUGUUUUCACCAAAAAAAGCACAGAAGAGGAAAAACAUUGAAAAGAAGCGUAAAAGAUCCAAAGGUGAUUCUGAUGUUUCUGAUGAAGAAGCAGCUCCUCAGAGUAAAAAGAGGAGAGGUCCACGCACGCCCCCUCUGGCCAUCAAGGAGGAGUUGAUUGACAUUUCCACUGACAAGGAUGGCAUUCUCGAAGACCCACUGAAGAAAGAAGAUACAGCCUUUAGUGACUGGUCCGAUGAGGAUGUGCCUGAUCGCACAGAGGGCAUGGAACCAGAGCACAGUGCAGCCACGGCCACUCCUGGUAGUACCCCUUCCCCUCUGUCUUCUCUUCUCCCUCCCCCACCUCCCGUGGCUGCUACAAGUACUUCAGCCACUUCUCUUGCCUCCUCAUCUGUGGCUGCUACUACCUCUGCUGCCAUUUCCAGCUCUGCUUCCACCUCCAGUACCAAUGCCAGUGAAGACUCACAUAGAAAGUGCCAUCGGACUCGAGGGGAGAAAGUCGAGACCGUUCAUGUGACCCUAGAAGAUACACCUCAUCGCAAGCUGGUGGAUCAGAAGAGAAGCAGCAGUCUUGGAAGCAAUCGAAGUCACCGUAGCCACACUUCUGGUCGCCUGCGCUCCCCAUCGAAUGAUUCUGCUCAUCGGAGUGGGGAUGACCAGGGCAGUCGAAAGAGAGUGCUGCAUAGUGCUUCCAGAGACAGAGAGAAAACAAAAAGCCUGGAGGUCACGGGAGAGAGGAAAUCUAGGAUUGAUCAGUUAAAGCGUGGGGAACCCAGUCGAAGUACUUCUUCAGAUCGCCAGGAUUCCAGAAGCCACAGCUCAAGAAGAAGCUCCCCGGAGUCAGAUCGACAGGUUCAUUCAAGGUCUGGGUCAUUUGACAGUAGAGACAGACUUCAAGAACGAGAUAGGUAUGAGCAUGACAGAGAGCGGGAGAGGGACCGGAGAGAUCCAAGGCAGAGGGAAUGGGACCGGGAAGCUGAUAAAGAGUGGCCUCGGACCAGAGACCGAGAUAGACUUCGGGAACGAGAGAGAGAACGAGACAAAAGAAGAGACUUGGACAGAGAAAGACUGAUCGCUGACCCCAUAGAAAGGGACAGAGAACGAGAUAGAACUUUUGAGACUUCUCAUUCGGAAUCUGUGAAACGCAGUGAAGCCAAAUUGGAGAGUGAACAUGAAAGAGACCUCGACAGCAGUUCCAGGGAUUCUGUAGCCUUGGAUAAAGAAAGAAUGGAUCGAGACCUGGGGUCUGUGCAAGGAUUUGAAGAUGUGAGUAAAGCUGAAAGAACAGAGAGUCUGGAAGCAGGAGACGACGAAUCCAAGUUAGAUGAUGCACAUUCACUAGGAUCUGGUGCUGGGGAAGGAUAUGAGCCCAUCAGUGAUGACGAGCUAGAUGAAAUUCUGGCAGGGGAUGCAGAAAAGAGAGAGGACCAGCAGGAAGAGGAGAAGAUGCCAGAUCCAUUAGAUGUGAUAGAUGUGGACUGGUCUGGGCUUAUGCCAAAGCAUCCAAAAGAACCGAGAGAGCCUGGGGCUGCACUCUUAAAGUUCACACCUGGAGCUGUUCUACUACGAGUUGGGAUUUCUAAAAGGUUGGCAGGUUCUGAGCUCUUCACUAAAGUUAAAGAAACAUGUCAACAGCUUCUAGAAAAACCAAAAGAUGCAGACGGCCUUUUCGAACAUGAACUAGGGGCUCUCAACAUGGCUGCGUUACUGCGAAAAGAGGAGCGAGCCAGUCUUCUUAGUGACCUGGGGCCAUGUUGUAAAGCAUUAUGUUUCCGACGGGACUCUGCAAUCCGGAAGCAGCUUGUGAAGAAUGAAAAGGGGACUGUGAAGCAGACAUACACAAGCGCUCCGAUGGUAGACAAUGAGCUGCUUCGGCUGAGCCUUCGGUUAUUUAAGAGGAAGACCACCUGCCAUGCCCCCGGGCAAGAAAAGACUGAGGAUGCUAAAGUAGCACCGUCCAGUAUCCAGCAGGAGCUGUGUGUGUCCUAGACAGAAACCAAGGACGGCCCUUCAGUUCUGUCUUCUCAGAAGUGCUUCAUCUUUCUUGAAGUUCUUCGGUUUGAAGGCAUUGCUAAUUACAGAGACAGAAGAUUCAUCAGCCACACCAGGAAUGAAGAACUUCAAUCUUUAGAGACACCAGUUUCGAUUUAUUGAAGAUUUUACAUUAAUUUUUAUACAGUAAUUGACACUCAGGCAAAAUAAUGUGAAAGCAUCUAGAUUUCGUAGUUUCGUCCAUGUCUUCAUUAAAAUUGAAGAUUUUAGGAGACCAGGUCAUCCCUGCUCUUCCAGCCUAUGAAUACUUCCUGUGAAAUAAAAGCACUGAUUUUUAGUCUGGAUUAUCACACAGAAAUUGACCUUGCUCAGAAAGGACAAAGAUGGAAGCUGUUGCACAGACUGCAGUGCCAUACAGAGCACCGAGGGAUCCGGCCUAGGGUGCAUCUGGCGGCAGUCUCCACCAAAAGCCCAAGUGGGCUUUUUUGUUUCUUUGAAUAUUCUAAAAUAAAUGACUCCAUGGGAUUUUUUUACACAUGUACAUUGCUACAUUAUAUAUUGGAAGUCUUUGAACUCUUGAUGGGGUUUAAUUGUUCAUUAUCAGAGACUGUGUGCUAUUUUAUUUUUAAUAAAUGUGUGUUCCCUUGU